AGAGCGCAUGCGCAGCAGUGUAUAGUGUACGGUACCGCCACAGUGACAACAACCACGGCCGUUUGAUCGGUGAGUGUCCACCCGCUUGGCCCCGGAGCCAGAGCCUGACAGAAACCCGGCCUGGCGCUCACAUCCGGAAGAGAAGACGCCUCCAGGAACUGCGGUGUCUGUGGGACCCAGCAGUACCGAGCUAAGCCGACCGAACCGACCCAGCUGCUAUUGGCGCCCCUCUGGAGGCUAGAGAGCCAGACACCCGCAGCUGCGGGCCGUCAGCCCGGAGAACCGGAGGGUGCCCGCCGCUAGCAGCCCCCAUGCUAACAGGCUAGCAGUACCAUGCCCUCCUCCCUCUGAACCGAGCCGAAACAACACCGCGCUGAACCAAACCGGGGAGCUAACGACCAGUGUAGCGUCCGGACACCGCUCACCCUCCGUGGAGCGGCCGAGGAUGGUCACGGGGACAGGGUCCGCUUCGGAGGAUCGUCCCGGCUCCGCCCGCCCUGCUGGACCCGGACACUGCCGGACUUGGUUUAUGUAGCCCGGCUAACCGAGCGAGUUGGUCCCGCUGCGGGGCUGCUGCUCUCGGCCCGGGCUGCAGACAUGCAGGCCGCCCAGCCGCAGUACGACUUCUUCAGCGAAGACAACGCUGGCAAGUGGAGAGGCCUGCUGGUUCCGGCCCUGGAGAAGGUGUUGUACCAGGUGCAUCCAAGCCUGAAGUCCCAGCAGGAGGCGCUGCAGUACAUCGAGGAUUUGAUCCUGCAGCUGCUCAGCAUGUUGUGCCAGGCUCAGCCGCGCACCGUACAGGAUGUGGAGGAGCGGGUCCAGCGGAGCUUUCCUCACCCCAUCGAUAAGUGGGCCAUCGCAGACGCUCUUGCCGCCAUUGACAAGAAGAAGAGGAAGAACCCGCUGGCUCUUCCUGUGGAUAAGAUUCACCCGCUGCUGAAGGAGGUUCUGGGCUACAAGAUCGACCAUCAGGUGUCUGUGUACAUGGUGGCAGUUCUGGAGUACAUCUCGGCAGACAUCCUCAAACUGGCGGGGAACUAUGUGAGGAACAUCCGCCACUAUGACAUCACCAAGCAGGACAUCACUGUGGCCAUGUGUGCCGAUAAGGUGUUGAUGGACAUGUUCCACCAGGACGAGGAGGACAUCAGCCUUUUCCCGCUUUUAGACGAGGAGCCUUCAACCAAUGAGGAGCAAAGUUACUAUGAUCUGGUGAGGAGCUUCAUGGCGGACAUUCGGCAGUACCUGCGGCAGCUCAACCUGCUCCUCAGGGUCUUCAGAGAGCCCUUCAUCUCCAGUCCCAUGCUCUUCUCACAACACGAUGUGGACAGCAUAUUCAGCCGGAUCGUGGAUAUCCACGAGGUGACGGUGAAGCUGCUGGGUCUCCUCGAGGACACGGUGGAGAUGACGGAUGAAGGAAGCCCUCAUCCUCUGGUGGGAAGCUGCUUUGAAGACCUGGCUGAGGAGCUGGCCUUUGACCCCUAUGAGACCUACGCUCAGGACGUCCUGCAUCCUGGUUUCCAAGAACAUUUCCUUAGCCAGGUGACCAAACCAGGAGCUUCCCUCCACCUGCAGUCCAUCUGUGUUGGUUUCAAAGAGGCUGUUCGUUACGUUCUGCCCAGGCUGCUGCUGACGCCCGUCUACCACUGUCUGCACCUAUUUGAGACGCUCAAGCAACUGGAGGAGAAGAGUGAGGAGGAGGAGGAUAAGGAGUGUCUGAGGCAGGCUAUCACAGCUCUGCUUAACCUGCAGUCCAGCAUGGAGAGGAUCUGCUCCAGGAACCUAGCAAAGAGGAGGCUUAGUGAGUCGGCGUGUCGUUUCUACAGCCAUCAGAUGAAGGGGAAGCACCUCGCCAUCAGGAAGAUGAACGAGAUCCAGAAGAACAUCGACGGAUGGGAGGGGAAAGACAUCGGCCAGUGCUGCAACGAGUUCAUCAUGGAGGGCACGCUGACCCGCGUCGGUGCCAAACACGAGCGCCACAUCUUCCUGUUCGACGGACUCAUGAUCUGCUGCAAGUCCAACCACGGGCCUCCUCGGCUGCCCGGCGCCGGCUCCACCGCCGAGUAUCGCCUCAAAGAGAAGUUCCUUAUGCGCAAAGUGCAGAUCAACGACAAGGACGACAAGGAGGGCGAGUACCGGCACGCCUUCGAGAUCAUCCUGAAGGACGGGAACAGCGUGGUGUUUUCGGCCAAAUCCGCAGAGGAGAAGAACGGCUGGAUGGCGGCGCUGAUUUCGCUGCAGUACCGCAGCACGCUGGAGCGCAUCCUGGACAAAGCUCUGCUGCAGGAGAAGGAGGAGCAGAUGAAGCUACCGUCGGCCGAGGAGUACAGCUUCGCCGAGCCAGACUCGGAGGAGAACGUGGUGUUUGAGGAGAACAUCCAGUCCAAGUCUGGGAUUCCCAUCAUCAAAGCCGGGACGGUCCUCAAACUGAUUGAGAGGCUGACCUAUCACAUGUACGCAGAUCCGAACUUCGUCCGGACCUUCCUGACCACCUACAGGUCGUUCUGUAAACCCCGGGAGCUGCUGGACCUGCUCAUGAAGAGGUUUGAGAUCCCAGAGCCAAGGUCGACUGAUGCAGAGCAGAUGGAGGGAGGAGAGCAGCUUCUUAGCGCCGACCUCAAACGUUUCCGUAAAGAGUUCGUUCAGCCAGUUCAGCUCAGAGUUCUGAAUGUGUGUCGUCACUGGGUGGAGCAUCACUUCUAUGAUUUUGAAAGAGACCCUCACCUGCUGAGUCGACUAGAGGACUUCAUCGCUUCAGUCAGAGGUAAGGCCAUGAGGAAGUGGGUGGAGUCCAUCACUAAGAUCAUCCAGAGGAAGAAGCUGGUUCAGGUGAGCCUGCCCAAUCACAGCAUCACCUUCCAGAAUUCUCCUCCGCCCAUCGAGUGGCACAUCUGUAAACAAGGGAACACUGAGCAGUUCGACCUCAUGACUCUCCACCCCAUCGAGAUCGCCCGACAGCUUACUCUACUCGAGUCUGACUUCUACAGGGCGGUGCAGCCAUCGGAGCUGGUCGGCAGCGUCUGGACUAAAGAAGACAAAGAGCUCCACUCUCCCAACCUGCUGAGGAUGAUCCGACACACGACUAACCUCACGCUGUGGUUUGAAAAGUGCAUCGUGGAAACAGAGAAUUUGGAGGAAAGAGUUGCUGUUGUUUCUCGGAUCAUUGAGAUCUUGCAAGUUUUUCAGGAGCUCAAUAACUUCAAUGGAGUUCUGGAGGUCGUCAGCGCCAUGAAUUCCUCGCCUGUCUACAGACUGGACCACACCUUUGAGCAAAUCCCAAGUCGACAGAGAAAAAUCCUGGAAGAGGCUCAUGAGCUGAGUGAAGAUCAUUACAAGAAGUAUUUAGCUAAACUGCGCUCCAUCAACCCACCCUGCGUCCCGUUCUUUGGGAUCUAUCUGACCAACAUCCUAAAGACGGAGGAGGGAAACCCUGACUUCCUGCGCAGACACGGAAAAGAUCUGAUCAACUUCAGCAAGAGGCGAAAAGUCGCAGAGAUCACUGGGGAAAUCCAACAGUACCAGAACCAGCCAUACUGCCUGAGUGUCGAACCCGACAUCAGGAAAUUCUUCGAGAACCUGAACCCGAUGGAGGAGAUGUUAGAGAUCGACUUCACCGACCAUCUGUUCAACAAAUCGUUGGAGAUCGAGCCUCGAAACACACGAUCGUUGCCCCGUUUCGCGAAGAAGUACACCUGUCCUCUGAAGUCCCCGGGAAUCCGACCAACAUCGGCGAGGCUCGGCACCAUGAGGCACCCCACGCCUCUGCAGAACGAGCCCAGAAAGAUCAGCUACAACCGGGUCACAGACAGCGAGUCCGAGGGUGGCGCCGUCUCCGCCCCAAACUCCCCCCGGACACCACUGACCCCACCGCCGGCCUCUGCCGCAUCCAGCUCCACUGAUGUAGGCAGCGUCUUUGACUCCCCUCAGGGUCCCAGCAGCCCCUUCCAUUCAACCUGCGACAGCAUAUUUGCUGUUAUCUCUCUGCCUCACGGCCCACGGUCUUCGUCUGUCUCCUCAAUAAUGAGUUUCAGUCGGGUGUCAGAGGACACCCCCAUCCCUCCUCCUGUUCCUCCACGCAGAAGACCAGAAUCAGCUCCUUCCGAGUCUUCCCCCUCAAAGAUCCAGUCCAAGUUGGAGAGCCCGCCUGCCGUGCCUCCUCGACAGCCCACAUGUAAGCUCCCCACCCCUCGUUACUCUUCGUCGUUGUCUUCGUCUCCUCCAGACAGCCCCCCUUUGUUGCCCCCUCGAGAGCCCCUGCACCUCCUCCCUCCCCCCCAGGGCCGCUCUCGCUGUGAACUGUUGUCUCAGGCCUUCUUUCCCUCCAACACAUCCUCUACUUCCUCCGCUUGCUCCACCCCCACAGCCUUGUCUUCCUCCCCACCCCUCCCCCCUGUGCCACUCACCCCCACAGGUAGAAAGAUGCCCUUACCCUCCCCACCCCUAGAUGGCCCCCCAGUGCCUCCACGCCACAGCGUCCCCAAACUGCCUCCCAAGACGUACAAAAGAGAAUCUCUGAGCCAAGUCCCUGCUGCUGGUCCCACCCCCUGCUCUGUGAUUGGACAUCUUGUGAACGAGGCAGAGCUGGAAACACUAUAGCUAACUGGAUCAGAAUGAACGAGAAGCUGACCCCCCAGCAGCUUCUGAUCCUGUCAGAACCAAACUGAAACUGGACCCAACGGCGUGCUCUUACUCCAAAAUUCUCAAGACUUUUUCUGUGUGGUCAUUUCAUUUCUGUUCCUCAUCUGUGAGCUGGGACCUGUGGGACCCGGAUCAGCGCCGACUGCAUCUGAUGGAAUCUGAUCAGUUCUGAUUGGACCUAAUGAAACGGAUCAAAAUUGGUUGGACCUGAGGCUUAACGGAGACUGUGGUUCACAGCUUGCAGGUACUGGUCCAGAACCUAAGAGGUACUGUUGUUGGUUCUGGUGGACCCGGUGUUGUUUGUUAUUGUUGUAGUUGUUAAUGAUGUAAACAAAGAAGGGAAUAAAUGUUUCUGUCUAUGA